UCAAAAAAAAAGGAAGAUUCAGGAAAAAUAUUCUUGUUUAGUUAUCGUAAAGGUUAUGUGCUUCCAAAAAUUUGAUCAAAUGUUAUGAAGAAGAUGCUGGAAUAUAAUAAUCUUUCAUUAAACACAUUUGUACAACAAAAUUUGACAGCAUUAGAUCUGCGCAAUAAUCAAAAUUGUAUGAUAAAUAAUAGAAUGGAACAAAGUACUCAGACAACCCCUAAAAGAAAGAAUAGAAGGAAAGAGCGAAAGAAAAAAGCAUUUGCUUCUUUGCACAGGAAUAACACGCGAAGCGACAUAGAAACGGAUGAUUCAAAUAAGCGCAGUUUGUUAGUCUUACAUUUUGCUAGUAAAGAAAAUUCUAAUGAUACUUCCAUUUUACUAGAAACAGAGUUAUCAAGUACAAGCUCUGAAGAGGGUAAGAGAGUAAGCAAUAUAAUCGACAAAAGUAUUUGUACCUCGGAAAAUUUAUUAGAAAAAGAUACUAAAAAAAUCUCUGGCACAAGGAAGGAGGAAAAUAAAGAGACAUUUGAUUUUUUGCGACAGGAUGAACAAAUUGAAUUAAAUAAUUUGAUUGAUAAAGUUCAUACUUUGCAGCUUGCUAAUAAGGAAGACAGUGACAAUGCUUUUGUUUCAUCAAAGACAAUUGAUUUAUUAAAUACUGCAAAACAGGAUGCAGAAGAUACAAAUGACAUGAGUAUCUCUAUAUUGGAAAGUUCAACAGGAGACAUUCAGGAAACUUUCUGCAUGAACAAAGAGAGAAAUAUAGAAAAUACAAUAGAAAGCAAUUUUCUGCAACAUAAUGGCAAGCAAAUUGAUCUAACAACAGAAAUUUUAAAAGACAAAGCUCAUUCUGUGCAGCUUACUAAUUGUAACAAUGUACACAUAGAGAAUAUGAAUGACAAAGAUAUUUCUACCUUAGAAAGCCCAAAAUUUAUUUUUUUUGAUAUCGAUUAUGAAUUUCAUGAAGCAAAUCACGCAAUAAUCGAUACGUUUGCUCUUAAUAUAUAUUAUUCUCUAUGUGCUAAUGAUAAGAAAAUUUAUUGCUUAGUGUGUGAUAAAACCUUUCAAGUUCAAAACCAUUGCAAUUUGCGGAAAAAUCUUUGUAGACAUAUUCAGUCAGACAAUCAUGUUAAACUAUUGUCCCAAAUGAUAGAGGAUGAUAAGAAAUUUUUGAAGGCUGGAAAACUUUUUAGUAAGCUAGGAUUGGCACGAGAAUGCAUGAGAAACAAAAAUGAUGGUGUUGAAUGCUUAUUAUGCAAUAGUAAGAAUUUUGUUAAGAUAAAGAAUGAUGAUUCAUCGUUAUACGAACACAUAUUAAGUAGUAAGCAUCAGAAUUUCAAAGUAUCCUGGACGUUGUCGGUAAAAGCUGUACUACAAGACAUUCAUCAUCAUUUCCGAAGCAUGUACAAUGCUAAAAAAUAUUGUUGCGAAUUUUGCAAUUACGAAAGCGAAUCGGAAAUCUGUUUCGCGAAACACUUGCGUGUACCUUAUCACACGUCACGAUUAAUACAAGUUCCCGAUUAUGCAGAGAGAUUUAAGUUUCAUUAUUGCGCUGCAUGCCUACUCUUGUGGUUUGGUAAUUCUGGUAUGUACGAUCGACACUGUGAGCAGGUCGAACAUCAACGCAGGAUAUUAUAUGGUUCUGAUCUCGAUCAUUUGUCAGAAGAAUUAAUACAACUCUUAAUUAUGCCCAACCAGAAUGCUGAAGCUUUGCUUGCACAGUCCAAUAAUGCAUGUUUCGAUAAAACAAUUGAUAACAUAUUGUGUGACUUGAUAAUUGACUUAGAAAAAUAUAUUCUAAAUAUAAAGGCUUAUCCUUUUGGAUCCAGGAUUUCAGACUUAGCUUUUCCUGAUAGUGACAUUGACAUCUUCCUUGAUUGUGAUAAUAUGUAUGAAGGAAAAAAUUCAUCACAUCAUCAUUGCCAGGACCUCAUUACAUUAAUACUAUAUUAUCUAUCUCUGAAUAAAACAAUGUGGAAAGUGCAAGAAAUGAUAUUGCAUAGUAGAACGCCAAUUAUAAAAGUGCAACAUGUUCCCUCAGGAUUUAUUUGUGACAUUUCAGCUACAAAUGGGUUAGCAGUGGAAAAUACAAAAAUAAUUAAGUGUUUUAAUCAUGCUUUUCCACUAUGUCGAAAAUUGAUUUUAUUUCUUAAACAAUGGUUGCACAUCUGUGGCUUAUUAGGAUCGCAUCAUCUUAUAACAAGCUAUGCUCUCACAUGGUGCGUCAUUUUUUAUCUGCAAAUUCUAUUAGUAUUUCCCAGUAUCUCACAAUUAAUAAAAUUGAAAAAUAGUUCGUGGAGAAUCAGUGGUUGGGAAGUUGGUAUAAGCUACAAUUUUCCUGUUAGGAGGAUAAAUUACACUUUCGAAGAACUUUUAUUAGGAUUUUUUAUGUUUUAUGCGGAUUUUACAUACAAAAGUCAUGUAAUUUGUCCAUUGUUGGGUCAGCCGAUAGAAAAAAGUGCGUUUAAUAAUCUGUCAAGUUUACCACAAGAUAUGGCACCAUACAUUGAUUAUAUGCAUGAUGUUUAUAUGCAAGAGAAGCCUCAAAGUUUCUUCAUAUCACCAUUAUGUGUGCAAGAUCCAUUUGAUUUAUCACAUAAUCUUACUAAAGCGGUACAUAAUCGUAAGUUAAACAAAUUUCAGAACAAUUGUAAUUAUAGCGCAAAAAUAUUGAAGAAGACUUUUCCAUACUUGAAGUCACCCUUGUUACCUUAAGUUGAUCAAUAUAGAAAAUGUCUGUAUCUUUCUUAAUAUAGUUUGAUAGCUUUA